GCCGAUAACAAGUGUGUCGUACAAUCGUCGCGUACUUUUGCGUUGAAAUUCAUUGAAAAAUCUGCGAACUUCAAAGGUCAAGCAUGACAAAAACACUUCUUUGCACAAUUCAGGGUCUUCUCGUUAUCUGUGUUCCCAUUCUGAUCGCAGCGCAAUCGUUCUCCUUCGAUCCGCGUGCCGUGCACAAUACUUCGUGCGAUCAUCAAUUUGGAUUUCCGGGACGUUGUAUCGUGUUAAAUGACUGUCCUUAUGCCAAUGGAAUCUUCAAGUAUCUCGAACAAGUUCGAAAUACAGGUCAAAUUCUCGAACGUGAGGUACUUGACUCGUAUCAUGAUUACUUGAGGAAAAGCCAUUGUGGAUGGAAGCGAAAACAUCCGAUGGUUUGUUGUGAUCCGCUGCCACGAAUUGACUCGUGUUUCGUGCAUGUUCAACGAAUUGACGUUUCAAAUCGAAUUUCAGACGGAGUCGAAGCCGGUAUCUCAGAAUUUCCGCAUAUGGCGCUGCUCAUUAAUGAAAAGGUCAGAGGUCGUCCUGCUUUUUACUGCGGCGGUGCCUUGAUCAACGAGAGAUAUGUUGUGACAGCAGCUCAUUGCUUCUUCGAGCCACACAAGUACGAUCGGGUGUUUAUCCGCUUGGGCGAACAUGAUCUCACGAGUGACAUUGAUUGCCGACGAGACCUCACGAAUCGAACGGAUUGCACAGAUCACGUAGUUGACGUCAACAUUGAAGAGAAAAUCAUUCACGAGUAUUACGAGCCGAUCAAUUUUCACAACGACAUUGCCCUUAUACGUCUUGCAACGCCAGUUAACUACACUCGUUUCAUCCAACCAAUUUGCCUUCUUGAUCCGAGACCUGAAAUCGCAAAUCUUACAAAUCAAAAGCUCGAAGUUUCAGGUUUUGGUAAAGUUGGUCCCGCAGGCAAUUUCAGCAAUGUUAAACUAAAAGUCUCAGUCGAUGCGGUGUCGCAAGAGUAUUGCAAAGCAAAGUACAAUACGUUGAAAUCCCGUAAAAUCAUCAACGACGAUCAAUUUUGUGCUGGAGGUCAAGGCAUCAAAGAUACGUGUCACGGAGAUUCAGGAAGUCCCGUAAUUGGAAGGUACAUCGUUCCAUAUCAGGAUGAAAAAAAUCGACGAAUGAUGAUCGAAUACAAAUAUUUAGUUGGAAUUGUCUCGUAUGGCUUGGGAAAAUGCGGAACUCCAACGUGGCCUGGCGUGUAUACGAGAGUCAGUAAUUAUGUCGAUUGGAUUCGGAAAAUGAUGAGACCGUAAACUAGUUUUAAAUGAGAAAUUUAUCUGCUACUGUGAAUAAUUUUAAGGCUAUUAGUUUAGAAGUGUGUGCUGUGAAUAUUUUUUUUUGUUGUUAUGCAAUGUAUGUACAUAUUUUAAAAUUUGGUUUCGUGUUGUUGAUAAUUGUUAAACAGCAAUAUUUAUUUUUAAGUGGAAUUUUUACUCAAUAAUAAUAAAAUGUUGAAUUUUAAGUAAGUUUAAGCGAA